AUGAAACUUGCCAGCCAGCGGUCUGGGAAUUUUGGAGUGAUCACUAACGGGCAAGGUGUUUGGGUCCCUAAGCAAAUUUGCCAGUCAGCCCUGGCUGAGUCUCAGCGUUCCUCGGCAGAUCCUGUUGAGAAGAAAAAAGAGAACAGCAACAUGAAGAAGAGGAAGCAGCUAUCAGAAUGCUUCAGGGCCUGGGAUUGCCCUCAGGGCCCAGUCGGUUUACACAACAUUGGACAGACCUGCUGCCUUAACUCUCUGAUCCAGGUAUUGAUUAUGAAUGUGGGCUUCACUCAGAUACUGAAGAGGAUAACAGUACCAAGAGGAGGAGAAGAGCAGAAGAGAAGUGUCCCCUUCCAGCUGCUCUUGCUCUUGGAGAAGAUGCAGGACAGCCGACAGAAAGCAGUGCGACCCGUGGAGCUUGUCCGCUGUCUCCAGAAGUACAAUGUACCAUUGUUUAUCCAGCAUGAUGCUGCUCAACUCUACCAUAUAGUCUGGAACCUAAUUAAGGACCAAAUCACUGAUGUGGACUUGGUAAAGAGGCUGCAGGCCUUGAAUACAAUCCAGAUGAAGGAGUCCUUGAUUUGCCUUGAAUGUACAGUGGAGAGUAGCCAAAACAGUUGCAUGCUGACCCUUCCCCUUUCUCUUUUUGAUAUGGACUCAAAGCCCCUGAGAACACUGGAGGAUGCCCUUCACUGUUUCUUCCAGCCCAGGGAGUUGUCAAGCAAGAGCAAGUGCUUCUGUGAGAACUGCGGGAAGAAGACCCGUGGGAAAAAGGUCUCGAAGCUGACCUAUUUGCCCCAGACCUUGACAAUCCACCUCAUGCGGUUCUCCAUCAGGAAUUCACGGACAGAAAAAAUCUGCCACUCGUUGUAUUUCCCCCAGAACUUGGAUUUAAAUCAGGUCCUUCUGACUGAAAAAGACUUCUACUAUGCUGAGGACCAGAUUGGAGGACAGUAUGAACUCUUUGCUGUGAUUGCCCACGUGGGGCUGGCUGACUUUGGUCAUUAUUGUGCUUAUAUCUGGAAUUCUGUGGAUGGAAAAUGGUUCUGUUUCAACGACUCCAAUGUUUGUUGGGUAUCCUGGGAGGAUAUCCAGUGUACCUAUGGAAAUCAAAACUACCGCUGGCAGGAAACUGCAUAUCUUCUGGUUUACAUGAAGACUGAGUCCUAAAUGGAUAUACCCUAAGUCUUCAGAGACUGACAAAGUGUCGUUUUUCUUUUCUAGUCCUGAAUCUGCUAAUUCUUUUAAGAGAUUUUUCAAUGAGGAGAAAAACUAUUUUCAAAUUGUAUAAUUAAAUUUUAUUUAUUAUCAGGGGAGAUUAUCAAAAUAUUUAAUAGUGACACUGCCCAGGUCUUGAUCAGUCAGAAUGGAUACUUACACAAGUGUAACCUGGCCACAUGGUUGGAGCAGAGUCUUGAGUGCUCCCUGCUGUGCAAGAGAUUAAUUUUUCAGUUGGGAUACUGUGGGAAUCUAGAAUCUUUCAGGGGAAGAGAGGCCUGGACAACAAUCAUAGUGGAAAGUAUUCAGGUGGCAAGGGG